AUGUCCGUGCUUCUGCUUCUACUCCAGCCUGCCGCGCAGCCGACCGGCACCGCCCUGACCGCCAGCAACAGCGAGAACCUGGUCUCGGGAAUGGUCAGCAACGGCGACUACCGCAUCUACAAUGUCGAAAAAUGCGACUACAACGUCACGCUCUUCUCCGUCUAUCCCGUUUUUGCCGCGCACCAGAUCGAGUGGAACACGAUGGGGAAGACCAUGGCGUGGUGGUCGGUACUGAUCGGCCUCCCAAAGACGGCCGACAUCUCGGAGACCGAGAAGGUGAGAUUCUACGCGAGCGGCGCAAAACACGUCGCGAAGGUGGCAAAGGGCCUCCACCUGACGGGCAAGCGCGUCCUCGACUUUGGGUGCGGGCUAGGCCGGCUGAGUUUCGCGUUUGCCAACCAGCUGGGUGCCCCCGUGACUUGCGUCGACCAGAGCGAGUGGGCCAAGCGCAAGAAGGCGGGCGCGGUGGAGUUUGUCGCCUCCAGCCCCGACCUUCUGGCCCCAAUGGCCAAGACGCGGUUCGACUUUGUGCACAGCGUGAUCGCACUGCAGCACAUGGUGCCCGCGCUGCAGGUUGUCUACCUCGAGCAGCUCUGCGAUCUGCUCAUCCCCGGCGGCUCGGGAUGGCUGCAGAUCCCGCACAAGACGCCAGGGGACACGGGCUGCGACAUGGGCGCGUCGAUUCGCCAGGGCGGCAUGCAGAUGCACUCGACGCCGCUGCAUGCUCUCAAGAAGCUGUUUCGACGCCGUGGCUGCCGCGCAGACAUCACCGACGCCGGCAGAAGUUACAUCGGCGACGACGCUGGCCGGAGCGCCUUCGUGAAGCUCAGGAAGCGCAAGGCAGGUGGCGAGCCGGGCCAGAGCGCAGAGGCCCAGAGCGCCACCCCCUAGAUCGUGAAGACCGCAAGCGGCUUACCUGGUCACACGGCUUAGUGAGUGGUUGGGGUGGCCUCAGGCAUCCCCAAGGGAGCCUCUGCGGUGCCACAUAAGCAGCUUAGUGAUUGUCGAGACUUUAUCGUUGGAAGAUCUCGCAAACAAGACA